AAACUGGCAGCCCUCGGGCCGGAUGUGUCAUGUGCAGGCCAUGCCCAUUCCAGCUACGGGAAGGGAAAAAUCAUUGCAAUACGUCACAUGACAGUAACGUGACACCGCGAGUUUGACAUCCGUGGCUUAGCAGAUCUCAGUUGGUGUGUAAACUUUGUUCAGAACUUGGCUGUUCCCUGUGCAUAUGCUUUUAACUGCCUAGCUUGUUUUAAUUAAACAUAUAUUUUAAAAAACCCUUCACAAUUGAACAUGGCAGGCUCUUUUGGCCUUGCAGGCGUUGGAUGGAUGUUGUUGCACCUUGACUGUUGAAACAGCUCCAUGAGACCUUUUUUUUUCCUCAGGCAGAGAAUAGCCAGUAGAGACUUCGAAGCGACAUGCUGCUUAACUAAGGAAUGCCUCUGCUGUCUCUCAUUGCUUUCCCAGGGAGCACAACAGCUUGCAGAACAGCCACAGCCUGUGUAUUCCAUCUGUAAGACAAAACAGAUUUUUCAUUUAAAGAACUGGGAAGUCAGCUCCUAUUUCUGAAUUUGCAGAUUACGGUAUUAGAUUCAUUAUUAACAGAGCCUUCAAAAAGAGGGAAACUCUUGGAAAUUCUGUGCUAACUCAUCUUCAUUACGGGAACAUCUAUAAAUUCUGAGGACACGUUUCCAACUGAAAUCACAGAGGGAUGCAACCAAAAUGUGUAGAUGGAGAAGAUGGAGAAAGACACCUUCAGCUAUCAGACGUCUGCUGGAGUUGACGAUGAGGAAACUGAUGGCAACCGUAUGUGUGGAUUGAGUAGCAGACAAAGAAGCAAGAUCAGUGGGACACAGCUCUCGGCAGCAGAACGUGAAACAAUGGAGGAGCCUCUUGACGCAAACUCUUUUAAUCAAGAAAUGCAGGAGCUGUAUGUAGAUAAACCUCCUCAAUUGCAGGAAGCAGGUGAGACCCUCCCCAAAGAUUUCCAGGUAAAAGAAGGCUUAUCACAUAGCCAAGAAGAAUCGUGCAGAGAUGACUCAGAAGAUUGCAGGGGUGUAGAAUCCUUUGGUAGAAAAAAUCAAACAUUUGAAGCAGACGUAGAGAGCAAAGAUGAGCAACUGGGGUGGCUAGACACGAGGAGAAGCCAGGAGACUUCUGAAAUAGCGUCACACGAAGAUAAAACUCACUCAGUGCGGGAUGGGAAUAAGUUCCACCCGAUAGAGGAGAUGGACGGGGAUCAUCCUAUAGCAACCCAGGAAAAAGAAGACAGCAAAGACGUGUCUGUUUUGGAGCCUGGCAUACCUAACCAAACUUCGCAAGAGUUUAAGAGUGUAUUGAAAGAGAGUCCCCUGUUAAGCAACUGGACCUGGGACAGCACUGAACUCAGGGCUACCUCUUGUCGUCCGUUUCUGAAGUCUAGGGAGGAACAAUGUCAAUGCAUGGAAACUCUUCCUCCUCAUUUAGGAGGCACUGACCAGAAAGUUCCCAUUGUGCAUACGCAUGGAUCAGGGCAAGGAGGAAAGCCCCAACUGGGUUACAAUUCUGCUGGGUUGGAGAAAGAGCCGUCAGAAAGGGAUGAUUUGGAACAAUCUGUUGGGAGUCAACAGACCCCUUUUCCAAAAGUGGUCAGAGCUCCACCUACUAACUUUGAGCCCACAUCUGAAAAAGAAUCCAGAAGAGAUUCCAGUGGGAAGAAACUGGGCAGUGACAGUUUUCUUCACUUCACCUCUGAGAUAGAGCACAUUGAGGAACAGAUGGCAAGGGACAAUGUCCACUUUGUCAGGUUUGAAACCACAGAUAUCCACGGUGUGUCAAGAUCCAAGAGCAUCCCUUCUCGCUUUUUCCGGACCAAAGCAAUCAAUGGGGUUGCCAUGCCAAAAGGCUACCUUGAACUGACCCUGAAUCCAAGGGACCGUGAGACAUGCCACGUUCCUGCAAGCAGUUUUAACUGCGACAUCAUCCUGAGACCCGAUUUAUCAACAUUCCGGAUCUUGCCAUGGGUGGAACAAACAGCAAGAGUGAUCUGUGAUCCCUUUAUGGUGAUGGGAAACCCUCUCUUGACAUCGCCCCGGCACAUUGCCAAGCAGCAGUUGAAUCAGCUCCAGAAAAACGGCUUUGCGCUGUAUUCUGCCUUCACUUAUGAAUUCUGCAUCUAUGGCAUUGCUGAAAUUGUCAAUUCAAAGACAAUCUCUUUUCCCGCUGCCACCCUACUCAGCAAUCAUGACCAGUCCUUCAUCCAGGAACUCAUGGAUGGCAUGUAUCAUGCUGGGGCAAACAUUGAAAGCUUCUCAUCCUCGGCUGGGCCUGGCCAGAUGGAGAUCUCUUUUCACCCAGAGUUUGGCCUGGGUGCAGCGGACAGUGCCUUCACUUUUCGGACAGGCAUUAAAGAAGUAGCCAAAAAGUACAAUUAUAUUGCCAGUUUUUUCACCGAGGAUGGAUUCUAUAAUUCUGGCAUUCUGACCCAUAGCCUUUGGGACAGCAGCAGACAGCAUAAUUUGUUUGCUUCUGGAGCCCAAGAGCUAACUGAGAUAGGGAAGAAUUGGCUGGCUGGGUUACUGAUGCAUUCUGCAGCUCUCAGCUGCCUGAUGGCCCCCACUGUCACCUGCCGCAAAUGCUAUAGUGGGUGUAGCAAAGGCUCCAAAGAGGCUGUGGUUGCCAAGGGAGCAUGGAAUGACAACAGCUGUGCAUUUAACAUCCAAAAUCAUGGUGACAAGGGAACCUGGAUAGAAAAUCAACUGGGCUCAGCCACAGCCAACCCUUACUUGGUGCUCUCGGCUACAAUCGCAGCAGGUCUGGAUGGGGUAAAGAGAAAGCUCACUUUCCAGGAGACCUCAGGGAAGGCCCAGAGUUCCACUCUGACGAAAGCAGGCAUGAUCCCUCUGAAGCUGGAAGAUGCUCUUGUGGCUCUCCGAGAAGAUGAGUGCAUCAGGGAAGCGCUGGGGGAUUAUUUUGUCCAGUACUUUAUCAACAUAAAGCAAUAUGAGGUGGAAACUGAGGAACUGGAUGUGGAAAGGAAUAAAUUUUUGGAAUAUUUUAUCUAGUGUGAAGAUGAGAUUGGAGAGUUAAUAGAAGCUAAACAAUGCAGCUGUAGAUCAGAAAGUCUCUAGAUCACAUUUCUUUUAUAAGUGACCUUUUUAAGUGACUUUAAGGCACUCCAUCUUUUUCUCUCUUUUUCUUAUAAGCUGCAGUACAGCUAAUAAAGGUGCAGGUAGCAACAAACUGAUUUACUGUAAAUGGCUGUUACAAAAAUCUUGAGAAAAUAAUGCACAUGAAGUUUUAGUAGAAUAUUAGUUUCCUAUAGUCCUUUAUUUGAAUAUAGGUUAUUUUGCAUGAGACUGUUUUUUCCUGGAGACUCCAGAUCAAUCUGCAUGUCCACUUGUUAUAUAGAUUUCAGCUGCAUUCAGCUUUAUGUCUUGUUUUCCUCUGAUUAAUUACAAAUUGGGAGGAGGAAAUAUUACCUCACAAUAUACCAUGAAAAGAGAUCUGUUUUCUGUAAUCUGUUUUCUCUCUCAAAUAAUCAAAGGAAACUUUCUUCCUGGCUAGGAAAAAAGUUUGCAUAGUUUUUUGUUUUUUUUUAAAUAAAAGACAUCAUUUAGUUGGUCACGUAGUCAGCAAAGUGUUUAGACUGGAUCUGGCAUUUUUGUCCACUUAUCGAGGCCUUUCCAAGGACUUGGGAUAAACAGAUGCUGUUGUUUGAUGGUGUUACAGUUACUGUUGCAGGAUGUAAGCUGUUCUGAGUAAAGCUGCCUUUUGCAAUUGACUGAAGAGGAUUUUGUCAAUGCUGAUGGUGUUCAAAUGGUACUUCAGUAUUUUGGGAUUGUACUCAAUUGUACCUAUUACUAUUGGUAGUAUCUUUGCUUUCUUUUACCACAGUUGUUCUACUUCUGUUUGCAGGCCUUUGUAAUUUUCUCCAGUUUUUUAUCUUCUCUUCUGUUGCUUCCAGGUACUGCAACUGUCCAGUAUCCAGACAUUUUUGUCUUUCUUAUCAACAAUUUUAAGUCUGGGCUGUUAUAUGACAGGCGUUUAUCUGUUGGAUGUAAAGUCCCAGUUUUUGCAGCAGCCAAGUAGGUGGUCCACUAUUUCUUUAGCUUCUUUCCCUAGGUGGAAUUUGCUAUCUGUUGCUGUCUUCUCAAUUCUGGUUUUGUAUGCAUUUGUUCUUAAGGCUUGGUCUUGUGUAGCCAGAAUUAGUCCCUCGGUCUCUUUCUUGAACUUUUCUGCCCUUAGCUAUUUCUAGGCCUGGUCUUCUUUACCUGCAAGUGUGUGUGUGUGUGUGUGUGUGUGUGUGUGUACUGGCCAUGUUUUGCUUUGCCCUGCCAUGUAUCUUUUCUAUUCUUCAUUUGCAGCCCUGUUUAGUCUCUUCGGUAUUCAAUAGGCCUUCAUGGUGUACUAGUUUUAGUGCAUCUUCUUAGCUGUCCUUCAGGUAUUCUUUCAAUGCUCUUUUUUCUUCCUCAAUUGUCUGGGGUACUUGAAGCAUUCCAUGCUCAUCUAUGCUCCUUGUUAAGUAGAGUCUAUCAACAUUGCUGCAUGGAUAAAGGACAUGAUUCAUUGUCACUAUUUUUCUGUUCUGCCUGUCUAGUCAAAGCUUCUAGUGUGAAAUUCAAACUUCUUUACCUCCUGAUUUCUUGGCUUGUAGCUUUAAUCUGCUGCUUUAUUUUCUCCAGUCCUUCCUUGAUCUUCCAUAUUUCUAGGUGGUGCUUCUUGAUCAGGUAUUCUUUGCUUUGCUUUGCUGACCUUAUUUUCCAACUUGGUCUUUCAUUUUGGUGGUGCUCCAUUUGUCGUUCUUCUUCUUCUUUUACAUACAAGGUAUUCAGUUAUAACUGCAGCCAUGUUGUACAGUAUUUUAGUGGUUUGCUUCUUGCAGUGAACAGUUGCUUAUAUUUGAUAUUAUAGUUUUGGUGUCUUUUACUUUUUGUGCUAGUUGUGUUUUUUUGUAAUCAGAUUCAGUGCAAGCAACCUUUUGCCGUUGUUUUGUACUGUUCUAGAUGCUCAGUUAUUAUUUGUUUCAAUUCUUAGAGGGCUUUGUUCUUUCUGAAGAGAAGUGUGAGGACAGGGAAUGUCAGUCUGAGAAUGAAAACAAUUCAAUAACUAUGCUCUACUGCCCAAUCUCUCUGGUUUGCUUCUACAAACUGAACUUCUUCUGGCAAGGUUUCAGAUUCUUUACCCUGGGUAAAUCUUCACAGUUCUUCCAAUUCUGCUACUGUAAAUUCUUUAUUUCAUAUUAUAAAUUGGUGUUGAUCUGCUUAGCCCCUGUUCUGCUAUUUCUGAUUCUAGAUGUUGUUCUUUCUAGAACCAGCGAAUUGUUUUCCGAUAUCCUCUUUUUAUUGAACUUCAUUUACAACACCUAAUCAUUAUACCUUUGUUUUCAGUCCUCAUAUAUUUGCAAUGAAUAAACACCUUUUUUUCCCAACAGUCUUGCAGCUACUGGCCCUGGUUGCUCAGGCAACAGUCCUGAGUCCUAUACACCAGUUGUCACCAGAUGUUCAGGAAUUCCAACCCCCAGCACAGUCUUUAUUGACCUAGCACAGUCUUUAUUGAUGACCGAUCCAGUAAAGGCUUCUGUACAUUACGUCUACCAUAUUGUUUAUGGGGGAGACACACUUUGUCUGGCUUCUCUAAGAGACGUGUACAUAUUGUUGAACCUCUGUCAUAGCUUUCAUUCUCCUCAGAGCAUGCAAAACCUGCAACCACUUCAAGGUAGUGCCUCACUGAGGGAUUAUAUUUCCAUUUGUCUUUGAAGAUGUACUCUCAGAUGCUGAGGACAAAAAAUAUAAGUAUCUAAACUUUUUGCACUUCAUCCCAGAAGAUUCAUUUCCUCAUUUGUAAUUAAUUAGCGGAAAACAAGUUAAAUAGCUGCACGUUAUCAAAACAAUAUCCAUUUUAGCUCUCUCUCAUCAUCCUGUUUUAAAAUCUGCCCAGCACCUGCCCUUAGAUCACAAUGAUUUCUCUGCCAGCUCUGUCCAGUAGGGAUGUGGAAUGUGGACUGUGGAUUGCCCAUUUGAUAUAUUCUCAUUCAUUUGAAGAAAAUCGAAACUCCCCUUUGAUAUAUAAUUCUCCCUCCAUGUACAAAUACUGUAAAAUGAGUUUAAAAUACAUAUAUAAAUUCAAUAAAUCAUAGAAACUAUCUUAAUAGAUAAAUAGCUUAGUUGAGAGUUUGGACUUUGCUAUUUUUUAUGAUAUUCUACUAUGUGGAAUAAAAGCAAUAACUAAUAAUUAAAAUAUUAGCCUACUCUGUUCAGCAAAAAAGCAGACUGGAAUCAAAAUUGUUUAGGACAAGUGAUGAGAGAGAAAAUUUAGAUUUCAGUUGGAAUAGUAAUUUUCUUCAAGAACCACAAAACUCAGUUUUCUUUGAAGUUUGUAUUCUUUGAACUGAAGUGCUGUAUUCCCAUUAAAUCUCUGUACAAAAUAAAAUGUUGUACAAUACCAGAAAAGCAUUGAAAAGUAUAUGUUGGUGAAAAUAAGACACCAAAAUCUGCUGUGUUAGUUAAAAUUGCUUGCAGAAAAUGGGUGUAUAAGGCAAAGCAUGCACAGGAAUGGUCACGCUUGGAAAAUUCCAAAAUGCAGGCACAUUUUCAUGUUUUUCUUUCUUAUUGUGAAAAUGGAUGGUGGAAUGAAACAAGCUGAAUCAAAGUUGGAAGACCUGAAAUUCAUUCAUGCCUAUUGUGGAACUGUCUGUGGGCUGAUCAUCAACUUUCCCUAAUGGCAGCAUGAUAAUCAUUUUUAAAUGACAUGCUUCAUGCUUUAUAACCAAAGCAGUACUGAAGCAGCUUGCAGCUAGUCCAACAUGGCAGCAUAUUCUAUAACCAGCAUCCUUUUCUGACUGCUCCAGGACUGGUAGACUACAUUUUAUUCUGGCUAUCUAGCUGUGUCCUAACUGAAAGAGCGGAAUUUAACUCUCAAUUCUGUGGUUAUAUACAGGAAAAAUCUUAAACCAAGAAGUGACCAGAGUUGUUGAAUUAAAUCUUAUGAUUUAAAAAUGCUGACCUUGUCAGCUUGUAAUAUGACAGCCUGGGUUUGAGAACGACACAACAGGGUGCAUGCAACAGGGUGCCAUGUGCCAUGUGACAGGGUGAAGUCUCAUUACUUACCCCAGCUCUAGCCUAGUGAAGAGAAGGACCAGGGGAGACAUGAUAGCAGUGUUCCAAUAUUUGAGGGGCUGCCACAGAGAGGAAGGCGUCAAGCUAUUUUCCAAGGCACCUGAAGGCCAGACAAGAAAUAAUGGAUGGAAACUGAUCAAGAAGAGAUUCAACCUAAAAACAAGGAGAAAUUUUCUGACCGUGAGAAAAAUCAACCAAUGGAACAACUUGCCUUCAGAGGUUGUGAGAGCUUCAUCACUGGAAGCUUUCAAGAAGAGAUUGGGCUGCUGUUGUCAGUAAUGGUGUAGGGUCUCCUGCUUGGUGGGGGAGGAUUGGAUUAGAUGAUUUAUAAGGUCCCUUCCAACUCUGUUAAUCUGUAAUCUGUAAAGUCCUGUUUACCUAGCACACGGGUGUCAAACUCUCUGUGUCACGUUGAUGUCAUGUGACAUAUCAUGACUUUUUUGCCUUCAAAAUGCUUUGCAUUUUACCUCUUAUCCAAACUCAUUUGAUACAAGAAAGUCCCCUUUUUAAAGUACCCUUCUCAUUUCUCAUUUCACCUGCUGCAGAUAUUUCUCUUGAAGAUUAUGUAAAAUAUCUACCUUUACUGGUAGUAUUCUAAGAAAGAACUUGAAUUAAAUUAGAGUAAUUCCAACAGUCCA